AUAUAGAACAGUUAUAGCCCCACGUGAGAGGCGCUUGUUAGUUAACUUGUCUAGGCACUUGUUGUUUUGGCCUUGGUAGCGCUUAGAGCAGGAAAAUGAAUGAAAGGAAUUAUUUCCCUAGUUGAAACGCAAAUACACCGUAAUAUAUAGUGCAAUUGAACAGUAAGCUAAUCAUAACCCUUGCUUUUAAUGGAAGGGAUGUAUCUAUGGAAAACACUAGCGAAAGUUGAUACGAAUAGGAAGAUGACAAAGAAGCAAUUGAGGUAUGUUUGACGGAGGCCCUUCCAUCCAUCAAAGAUCUGUAUCCUCCCUUGAAUAUCGACUUUUGUGCGCUUCUUUCCGCGAGAUGUGGCCAUUCAUUUUGAUCGCAUGUGCAGUGGUGAUUGGUCUGCCUGCCAUCGUCAUCGCUUGCAUGUGCUGUUGCCAGAUUACUUGUUGUAUUUGCUGCUGAGAUGAACUCUGAGAUGAGUCUUUAAGCCACGAGCCUUUGUCUUUUAGUAAGAUUUUAUAGCAUUGGUUGUAUUUUAUACAGCAGGAACGAAAGGGAGUUGAACAGUCUUUAAUGACUUCGCGCCUGUCAUGUCUACGAAUAAUAGCGGAGCAAAGUUUUUGUUGAAAGGUUUCUUCUGCCAACAAAAAGCAAACUUGUUUUUUAUUGCACAAGGAAUACAAGUUAAACACUCAAUUACUUCAAUUUGUCUAAGCACUGCUUUAGAUUUUUCUUUGCCGUCUUGUCGGUCACGAGAUUUCUUAAUAUAAACGAUUUUAGAAAAGUGGUUUUGUAGUAAUGUUGCGUUCACAUCUGUUUUUGUAUCACUACGGUUUGAGGUUUUUCCAAAAGGACGGCAGACAUCUUAGAUGUCAAAUAACCACCCGCUUGUAGGGUCAACAGAACAGGUGACCAUGACGACUAAGAAUAGCAGCUAUUCGAAACUUGAACGUGCCACACCCAAAACCCAAAAUAAGAAUGAGAGCGGAGUAAAAGAUAAACGAAGCGGCUAAUGCAGUUAGCUGAUUUCACUAGUUUGUUGUAUACAAGCUACAGCUCAGCAAAUUCAACAAGCGCUGACCAAAAAUGGAUGUAAGCUGGAUUAUUUCGGCGGCUUUUUUUAUGCUAUUUACCCUGUCUUCGGCAAAUCCACUCGCUAAAUCUAAAAAGAUCAAGAAAGAGGAAAAUUCGGAAAAUCAGGAGGAGAGUAAGCAAACAAGUAAUUCUACUCAGAAUGGUAACUUUCAAAUUCUGGACGUUGAAACAUUUCAGCAUCACAACUAUGAAAAAUUGACAUGGUUUUUGAAAUACUUCUCGCUGAAGUACCCAGAUAUUACAAGACUUUAUUCGAUCGGCUACAGCGUUCAGAACAGAAAACUGUGGGCCAUGGAGAUCUCCGAUAAUCCUGGUCAACACGAGCCGGGGGAACCCGAGUUCAAGUACAUCGCGAACAUCCACGGAAAUGAAGUAGUGGGACGCGAGCUCCUGUUACAGCUCAUUCGAUACUUGUGCGAGAACUACGAGAGUCAUGAGAAGGUGAGGACAUUAGUGGAUACCACUCGUAUUCAUAUUCUGCCGAGUAUAAACCCUGAUGGCUACGAGCUUGCGUCAGUGAAAGGAAAAACGCACAAGUUCAUUGGUCGAAGAAACGCGUACGGAGUUGAUUUAAACAGGAAUUUCCCUGAUCAGUUCUUCCCGAGCAGUAAUGGCCCGCCACAACCCGAGACGCGCGCAGUCAUGAAUUGGAUUCGAGACUACCCGUUUGUCCUCUCAGCGAGUCUUCACUCCGGUGCACUCGUUGCACUCUAUCCGUACGAUGACUCGCCUUCGGGUCAAAGUUUGUACAGCGCGACUCCAGACGACGACGUCUUCCGACACGUCGCCAAGACUUACUCCGAAUUACACCCCGUCAUGCACCUGGCGAACCCUAAAUGGAACUGUAGUAACGUGAAGGAGGAGCACUUCAUUGAUGGGAUCACUAAUGGCGCUAGCUGGUUCAGCAUCUCAGGUGGCAUGCAGGAUUAUAAUUACGUACACUCCAAUGACUUUGAGGUGACAGUGGAGGUUGGAUGUGAGCGUUUCCCUAAAGAGGACCAGCUUGAGAAAUACUGGAAAGACAACAAAAAGCCCCUCCUGGAACUCAUCAAUCAGGUUCACCGCGGUGUCCACGGCUUCGUAAAGAACAUCCAAGGCGAGCCCUUAGCAAACGCAUCCAUCAAGGUAUCUGAUCGACGUCAUGACGUCACUUCCGCCAAAGAUGGCGACUACUGGAGGCUGCUUGUGCCAGGCUCAUAUGAGGUGACGGCGAGUGCGACUGGGUACGAGCCACAGACCAAGCUUGUUGAGCUCAGGGGGGAGGAGGUGGAGAAGGAAGUGAACUUCACUCUUAGACACAGUAACGAGCUGGAGUCUAAAUUCACAGGCGGAGACAAUGAUUUUAUUACCAGGAUCUUGUCCGGUGGCGAUUACCCUCCCAUUGAUAUGUCACCCGACCCAAGGGAGCAAAUCACGCGCGGGAGCUUCGGUGAUAGGAACGAUGGGGGCGUGGCUGCACCUGUGCCAGGCAUGCUACAAGCGGGUCAGAGGUCUCAGAUUCUCGGGCUGCAACUCGCGAAUGGAACACUUGAUCAGCUCUUCGCGGGCGACCGACCGUUAACAGCAUAUGCCGGGUCAAACCAGAGUUCCCUCGGUCAACCUGGCAACCUAACGAAGUCCGCUGCGCCCGCACAAGUCAAUCUGGCGCCGAACAACACAUCCUCACCGGUGUCCCCACAGCAAACGGGUUCAUCUCAGACGGACACAAGCGAGAAGAGCGCCGCAGCGAAAACACAAGACAGCCUAGUAAAACCAGGCUUGAAGAAACCCUCCCUUCAAGACGGGCCCUCUGUGGACAAGCGAUUUGCCCAUAUGAUCGGUACUAAAGUCGCAUGUCACGUGGCCAAGCAGAAAAAUCCUAAGACAGGUAUCCUGAAGUGGGUUGGUAACCUGCCAAAUCUUCCUAAAGGCAAAGACUUUUUGAUCGCGGGCGUCGAGCUCUCUACCGAUGAUAGACUGGGCACGAAUGGCACGUAUCGCGGGGUUCGCUAUUUUGUGACGACACCCAAACGAGGCUAUUUCUUCAGGUUACGUCAGUGCAAACUUUUAAAAAAUUAGAAUGGCAGCCAUUUAAAUUCGAAUUAUCUAGAUUUUUUAAAGGAACAUUUCAAGGAAUACUUCUGGAUAUUUGAUGCCCGACCUACACAAUGACUUUUUCUUCUUAGUAGAGGGUGCAAACACUUGUUCAAGGGCUUUCACAAACAUAGAUCAUGUAAGCCUUCAAACAAUCCCAGGAAUCAUCUUUUUAUAACAGUAAUCAUUUUUUCUUUGUAUUGCCUAGUGCACACUUGUGACAUAACGACAUAGGCGCGCUCGUUCUUUUAAGCCCGACAUAACGACCUGGACAUAAUGACAUAAAAGUUUUAAAUGUUUGUUUCUCUUAUGUCAUUAUGUUCAUGUCGUUGGGCUUAUGUCAAAUGUCGAACCAUUCAAACUUGAACAUAUGACAUAAGGGUGCACGCGCCUAUGUCAUUAUGUCGUUAUGCCACUAGUGUGCACCAGGCAUAUUUGCAAAGUUCUAAAUGAGCGUGGUGUAAAAUAAACUCUUGCGCAUAAUA